AUGGACAACUGCACUGACAGAAAUGCACAUGGUGGCAUUGUGCUGUUUCAGAUGGCUCUCUACAUCCCAGUGUUCACUCUGGGGAUCCCACUGAACUCAAUUGCCUUCUGGGUCUUCUGCUGCAAACUCAAGAGGUGGACCGAGACCAAGGUGUACAUGGUCAACCUCAUCGUGGCAGACAGUUUCCUGCUCUUCACCCUGCCUUUCAUGCUAUAUUUUACCAUGUACAAACAUCCUGUAGACGGGCUGUGCUUAGCCAUACAAAACAUCUAUUUCACAAACAUGCCUAUGAGCGUCCUUAUCAUCACCCUGAUUGCGAUUGAUCGAUACAUUGCAAUCAAGUUCCCUCUAAAAGCAAAGGUUCUUCGAUCUCCACUGAAAUCAGCUUCUAUCUGUGGCAUUCUUUGGAUAACACUGGUAAUUUUUUCCAAUUUGUAUCGCACACUUCACAGAAAGCGGGAAGGUUGCUGCUUUCAGAAAGAAUCUUUUCAACCUAGGUAUUCUUCUUUAUUCUACAGUAUCUGUGGGUAUUUUAUUCCUUUAGGGAUUGUGACUUUUUGCUCAGUGCAAGUCAUCAGAUGUCUAAGAGAGAAGAUGGCCACAAGCCCUCAUGAGACAAAAUUACUCCAGAAGGCCAUUCACAUUGUUUCUGUGAAUUUGUGUGUGUUUGUUGUCUGUUUCUCACCUUUUCACAUCUCAGUGCUCUUGCGGUUUGCAGUGGAAGCUGCUGGAGCUCAUUCUCUGAUCCCAGGAGUUAUAACCUUUAUUAAGAUCUCUGCAAGCUUAGCAAGUUGCAACUGCUGUCUGGAUGCAUUUUGCUAUUAUUUUGCAGCCAAGGAAUUUCCAGAGUUUUCUUCUAUGUUCCCCAAGUGUAUAUUUAUGAGGCCCAAGAUGAACCAAAGCGAGGAGUCACAGCCAUCCAUGGAUGAAGUGAUGACAUAG